AUGAACCUUCUCAAGCAUCUUGCCCUUCUUGGAGGGGUUGCAGUCCACGCAGCUACAACCGCCUCGCCUAAACCAUCUUCUACAUCUUCUGCGGCCAUCCAGGCUCCUACCUUUUCUCCGGAGCAGGUCCAGAGCCUCAAGGCCACAAUCAAGCCUAAUGAAGACGACAGAACAGAGUGCAUCAUUAAAAUCGAUUUGCCUCCCUUCAACUGCCAGGGCAGUAAGACGGGCAAGGCGUUCGAAUAUGGUUCCCCUUGGCCCCAUGCUUGCUGGCAUCAAUACAAUGAAACAAGCCCAGAUAUAGACCUGCAGCGUUGGUCUAUCUGUGAUGAUGGUACCACCGCAACUUUCAGAUACAAGAGUGAGCAGCUCUUGAUCCUGACCCCCGAGGGCAAGGCUGUGCGGUUUGGUUUUGAUACUGGGGACGACAGCGACUAUUCUGUGGUUGGGGAGCAGGUUAAGGGAGACCCGUCGCUCGAUUUGCACCCUUACUUUUCUAAUUAG